CCCGACUCCCGGCAGCGGCCUCUCUCCCCGGCCCCGGGCCGCCUCCGGCUUGCGGCUGCCCCCUAGUGCGGGAUGAGCAGACCCGCGGCCGCGGCCGCCGCCGCCGCCGGGCCGCCCGCCAGCGACCAUGGCCUUGCUGGGCAGCCCACACCCCGGCGCCCCCUCGCCGGCAGGCACACCUGGCGGGACUUCCUCCGAGGUGACGGGGGCAGCCGUGCUAUCCUUCAGCACCGUGGCUACCGUGGCUACCGCGGCGGCGGUGGCGCUGGGGAACCAGAGCGACGGGAGCGGGGGCGACGGCACUGGCGCUUCGGCUGGCGGCGGCCUCGGCCCACACGGGGCGACGGGGGCAGCGGGGAGGCCGCCGCGGCCCGGAGGCCCGGAGGCGGCGCCGCUGCUGUCGCACGGGGCGGCGGUGGCGGCCCAGGCGCUGGUCCUCCUGCUCAUCUUCCUGCUGUCUAGCCUGGGCAACUGCGCGGUGAUGGGGGUGAUCGUGAAGCACCGGCAGCUCCGCACCGUCACCAACGCCUUCAUCCUGUCCCUGUCCCUGUCGGAUCUGCUCACGGCGCUGCUCUGCCUGCCCGCCGCCUUCCUGGACCUCUUCACGCCGCCCGGGGGCUCGCCGCCCGCUGCCUCCGCGGGGCCCUGGCGCGGCUUCUGCGCCGCCAGCCGCUUCUUCAGCUCGUGCUUCGGCAUCGUGUCCACGCUCAGCGUGGCCCUCAUCUCGCUGGACCGCUACUGCGCCAUCGUGCGGCCGCCCCGGGAGAAGCUCGGCCGCCGCCGCGCGCUGCAGCUGCUGGCGGGCGCCUGGCUGGCGGCCCUGGGCUUCUCCCUGCCCUGGGAGCUGCUUCGCGCGCCCCGGGAGCCCCCGGCGGCGCAGAGCUUCCACGGCUGCCUGUACCGGACGUCCCCGGACCCCGCGCAGCUGGGCGCGGCCUACAGCGUGGGGCUGGUGGUGGCCUGCUACCUGCUGCCCUUCCUGCUCAUGUGCUUCUGCCACUACCACAUCGGCAAGGUGGUGCGCCUGUCGGACGUGCGCGUGCGGCCCGUGACCACCUACGCGCGCGUGCUGCGCUUCUUCAGCGAGGUGCGCACCGCCACCACCGUGCUCAUCAUGAUUGUCUUCGUCAUCUUCUGCUGGGGGCCCUACUGCUUCGUGGUGCUGCUGGCUGCCGCCCGGCAGGCCCAGGCCACGCAGCCCCCCUCGCUCCUCAACGUGGUGGCUGUCUGGCUGACCUGGGCCAACGGGGCCAUCAACCCCGUCAUCUAUGCCAUUCGCAAUCCCAACAUUUCGAUGCUCCUGGGACGCAACCGGGAAGAGGGUUACCGGACUAGAACUGUGGACGGUUUCCUGCCCAACCAGGGCCCGGGCCUGCAGGCCAGAACGCGCAGUCGCCUUCGAAACCGCUAUGCCAACAGGCUGGGGGCCUGCAGCAGGAUGUCCUCUUCCAAUCCAACCAGCGGGGUCGGAGGGGACGUGGCCUUGUGGGCUCGCAAAAAUCCAGUGGUACUUUUCUUCCGGGAAGGGCCACCAGAGCCUGUGACAGCAGUGGCUAAACAACCCAAAUCCGAAGCUGGGGAUACCAGCCUCUAAGAAGGGUUGGGAUGCAGAGCUUGUGAAGGUAAAAUUUUACCUGCUUCGUUUAAUGAUACAGGAUUCCGGGGAGAAUCGUGCAUUUCAUAAAGCCAAACACUGAAAAAAGAGACAGAGGGGGAGGCUUACCACUUCCCCCAAACAACAUACAAGACAAUGUCUCCUUCAAAAGUGCCAAAAGGAAUGUAAAAUGCAGAUUAAAACCAUCUUAAACCA